CAUCUCACCGCGUUCUCGUCUCCUCUAAAUCCGCUCCAUCCGCACGCUUAUCAAUAAUCAUUCCUAUAUUAUUACUAUAUAUAUAUAUAUAUUCCAUAUAUAUACUUCCGUCCUGCCAUACGGAUUUAGUUUGCUGUGAAUUAAUCAAGGACUAAAUUUAAAAAAAAAAUGGAUAAACAAGGAGUACCUCAUUAUGACCCGGGUGUCCAACCACCGCCACCAGGAUUUGCGCCACCGCCGCCAUAUUCUUCUGGACCUCAGCCACCUCCUCAAGCUCCUGGAGUUAUUUUUAUACAACAAACAACAUUCGGACCUGAUACAAUGCGAUUAAGUUGUCCUCAUUGUCAACACGAUAUUUCCACAAGAGUUGAAACGGAACCGAGCACUAAAACUCAUCUUUUUGCUCUAUUACUUUGUCUUCUUGGAUGCUGGUGCUGUGCUCCGUGUCCUUAUUGUAUGGACAGCUGUUUGGUAAAGAAACAUUACUGUCCUUCAUGCAAACAAUAUCUUGGAAGUUAUGAAAAUUAAUUCGUUAAUUUUCCCAAUCCUUAUUACCAUAAUUAUUAUUAUCAUUAUUAUUUUUUUCUUUUUUUUUCAUUCAGUCAAAUUAACUUAUAUUUAAUUUCUUAAGAAAUAAAAAAUGCCAUUAAGUUGUAAGUGCAUUUAAUUAACGAUAAAUCGAAACUUUUUGAGAAAAUAAUAAUAAUUAUUAUUUAAUUAGUA